AACUUUGAGUUCAGAGGUAGGAUCCAGCACUCAUUGGGAACAACGACAGCUAUGCCCUCUUCAAGUUGUUGGAACGAUUUGCGAGGGUGAACGUAUUUUAUGACCUUUUAUUUAUAAUUUCAACGACUGGAAUUGCACUCAAACUCUCCAGAAAUGAUGCGUUUCCUACUGCUGUUUAGUCGUCAGGGCAAGCUCCGCCUCCAGAAGUGGUUCACGCCCAUCCCCGAGCGAGAGAAGAAGAAGAUCGUCAGGGACAUGACCACCAUGGUGCUGGCAAGGAAACCACGCAGCUGCAACUUCCUGCACUGGAAAGAUCUGAAGAUUGUAUACAAGAGGUAUGCCAGUCUUUAUUUCUGCUGUGGUCUGGAUGCUGAGGAAAAUGAGCUGAUUGCUCUAGAAAUGCUGCAUCGUUAUGUGGAACUGCUUGACAAGUACUUUGGUAAUGUAUGUGAGCUGGACAUUAUCUUUAACUUUGAAAAGGCCUACUUCAUCCUGGAUGAGUUUCUUCUUGGGGGAGAGAUACAGGAGACGUCUAAACAGGUUGUUUCCCGAGCCAUUGAGGCCUCUGACAUGCUACAGGAGGCUGAGAUUGACAACAGUGAUUAUGAUCUGGAACUUGGAUGGCCUUGAAUGUGGACAGAAAGACCAUGGAGGAAUACAUGAGCAAGCCUGCAUUCUAACAAACACACAUGCGUGCGCGCACACACGCACGCAAGCACAAACACACACAGAAGAAGAAAUCUGGACCACCAUUCCAGAACUGGAAGUCUUCCUACUGAACAGAAUCCUUGGCAUAUUGUGUUCUAGAAUUUCUAUGGCUGAACCUGUCUCCUCGGGCAGGCGAUUCUAACCACAAUUAAGUGUUCUAAAUUAUCCUUGAUUUAGAACACUUUAUUUAGAGACAAAGAUGUCUCUCAUCUUUCCAAUCUCUAUCAAAGUGGAAAGAUGAGAGACAUUAAUUGAACUGUUAUUGUAUAUUGAUUUGAUCACAUCGUCUAGAUAAUUUAAGUAAGUUUUAAGUGCCUUAGAAUAUAUAUAUAUGAAGUUUUUUUUUUUUUAUGUGUCUUGUCUGUGUUACUGUUUUAGACCAUGCAUUGUUAGAAAGGGGAUGUUUAUGUCAAUGUCACUUUUUAUAUAACAAAUUAUUGAUGUUGAAGCAUUUGGAAUUAAAGUGUGUAUUUUGAUAAAGAAACUUCUCAUGAAAGA